AUGGCCCCGAAGAAUAUCAAAAUGGAAACCCAUAUCCUGUCUGCUGUUAUUGAGGCCAGCUGUGCAAACUGUAGACCAUCUUGUGGACUCACAGUUAUGCAUUAUAGUCUAAGCGUAGGCAGUGAACUUGAUAGGUCUGCAUAUAGUUCUCUUCUUAGUCAAUACAUCAGAAAUGGUUCAUUUGAUUUGGUCGUAGAGAUUGUUGAAGGAUUGAUUAAAUCUGGUUGCAUUCUUGGGACAUAUCUAUCAUCUAUAUUAAUACUCAGACUGGGCUAUGCUGGGCAUUCUGCAUACGCAGCUCAUAUUUUUAGAUUGUUCACUGCAGAAAAGAAUGUUGUUACUUACACUGCCCUUAUAAAUGCCUGUUUCCAAGCUGGCAAAGUUGAUAAUGCUCUUGAGCUAUUCACACAAAUGAGAACUACUGGAAUAUCUGCUUGCUCGGGUACAUAUGAAGUGUUGAUACAUGGCUACAAAAGGCUGGGUGGAAACAGGAAUCAGAACAUUAUCGACGAGAAAGAAUGGAUAUGCAAUGGCAUCUUCACUUUGUCCUGCCUCAACUUGAAGAAUUGGAGCUCCAUGGCGUUGCAACAUGCAAAUGAUUGGUGA